AAUCUGAAACCGGGCUGUGUCUGAGGGUUGGCCUCCCUCAGUUGUCCCGGCCUCUUGUACUGUAUAUUUACACAUUCACACACAAUCACUCUUUCUAACUUCUGGGACUUUGCGCAACUGCUCGCAUUUCUCAAGUGCAUGUGGCAACUCAGCCCAGCUCCUGGUGCAACCCCGCGGGGCUCCGAGCGAGGGCUGUGGAGAAGACGGGAGCUGUCAAGACUGUAGCGGAGACCCGCAAAGAGUUAGGUGCAGGGGACUGAGGGAAGCAUUCCCCCAACUCCCAACUUUCUUGGGCCUCCACAGCUCUCCCAGCUGCAGGCUGUUUCCUCCAAAUCCAGCGCAGCUGCGGGGCAACCGAGUGAAUGGAGCUCAGUACUUGCCCUGUUGGUGAGAAGUGAAAGAACCGUGCGGGCCCCCGAUUUCUCUUCCUCUUCUCUGGGCUGGUGCCCAGAGCCUUGUCCUUCGGAGCAGCUGCUGUCCCGUGGCCGGGGUGCACUGGCAUCAGGGAAAGUCCAUCAGCUUGAUCAUGGAGGACAACAAUGACUCCACAGAGAAUCCCCAGCAAGGCCAAGGGCGGCAAAAUGCCAUGAAGUGUGGGUGGCUCAGAAAGCAAGGAGGCUUUGUGAAGACUUGGCAUACCCGCUGGUUUGUGCUCAAGGGAGAUCAGCUCUAUUAUUUCAAGGAUGAAGAUGAAACCAAGCCCUUGGGUACUAUUUUCCUUCCUGGAAAUAAAGUCAUCGAGCAUCCCUGCAAUGAAGACCACCCAGGGAAAUUCCUCUUUGAAAUAGUGGCAGGAGGUGAUCGGGAGCGGAUGACAAGCAAUCAUGAGAGCUACCUCCUCAUGGCGAGCACCCAGAAUGACAUGGAAGACUGGGUGAAGUCCAUCCGCCGAGUGAUAUGGGGCCCAUUUGGAGGAGGCAUUUUUGGACAGAAACUAGAAGACACUGUCCGCUACGAGAAGAGAUAUGGCAACCACUUGGCUCCGAUGUUGGUGGAACAAUGUGUGGACUUCAUCCGACAAAGGGGGCUGAGAGAGGAGGGUCUCUUCCGCCUGCCAGGGCAGGCCAAUCUGGUGAAGGAGCUUCAGGAUGCCUUUGACUGUGGAGAGAAGCCAUCAUUUGACAGCAACACGGACGUGCAUACAGUGGCAUCCCUGCUUAAACUGUAUCUCCGGGAACUUCCAGAACCGGUGGUCCCUUAUGCGAAGUAUGAAGACUUCCUGUCAUGUGCCAAACUGCUCAGCAAGGAAGAGGAGGCCGGUGUUAAGGAAUUAGCCAAGCAGGUGAAGAGUUUGCCAGUGGUCAAUUACAACCUCCUAAAGUACAUUUGCAGAUUCUUGGAUGAAGUACAGUCCUAUUCUGGAGUUAACAAAAUGAGUGUGCAGAACUUGGCAACUGUCUUUGGACCUAAUAUCUUGCGUCCCAAGGUGGAAGAUCCUUUGACUAUUAUGGAGGGUACCGUGGUGGUCCAGCAGUUGAUGUCAAUGAUGAUUAGCAAACAUGACCGCCUGUUCCCAAAAGACGCAGAACUGCAGAGUAAGCCCCAAGAGGGGGUGAGCAACAACAACAAUGAAAUCCAGAAAAAAGGUGCCAUGGGUCAGUUACAGAACAAGGAGAACAAUAACACCAAGGAGAGCCCCGGCAGGCAGUGUUCUUGGGACAAGUCCGAGUCUCCCCAAAGAAGCAGCAUGGAAAAUGGAUCUCCCACGGCUCUAUCAGGCAGCAAAACCAACAGCCCAAGGAACAGCGCACACAAGCUGGAUGUCUCCAGGAGCCCGCCUCUCAUGGUGAAAAAGAACCCAGCCUUCAAUAAGGGAAGCGGAAUAGUCACCAACGGGUCCUUCAGCAGCAGCAAUGCUGAAGGCGGGGAGAAGACCCAAAGCACCCCCAAUGGGAGCUUACAGGCUAGAAGGACCUCUUCCCUGAAGGGGUCUGGUACCAAAAUGGGCACGCACAGUGUCCAGAAUGGAACUGUGCGCAUGGGCGUUUUGAACAGUGACACACUGGGGAACCCCGUGAAUGGCAGAAGCAUGAGCUGGCUGCCCAACGGCUAUGUGACCCUGAGGGACAACAAGCAGAAAGAACAAGGCGGAGAGUCUAGCCAGCACAACCGGCUAUCCACCUACGACAACGUCCACCAGCAAUACUCCGUAAUGAACCUUGAAGACAAGCAGAGUGUGGACAGCGCCACCUGGUCCACCUCCUCCUGCGACAUCUCCCUCCCCGAGAACUCCAACUCCUGUCGCUCCUCCACCACCACCUGCCCAGAGCAAGACUUCUAUGGUGCGAAUUUUGAGGACCCAGUUUUGGAUGGGCCCCCGCAGGACGAUCUUUCCCACCCUGGGGACUAUGAAAACAAAAGUGACCGAAGAAGCGUGGGAGGCCGAAGUAGUCGGGCCACCAGCAGCAGUGACAACAGUGAAACGUUUGUUGGAAACAACACGGGCAACCACAGUGCCCUGCACAGUUUAGUUUCCAGCCUCAAACAGGAAAUGACCAAACAGAAGAUAGAGUAUGAAUCCAGGAUAAAGAGCUUAGAACAGCGAAAUUUAACUUUGGAAACAGAGAUGAUGAGCCUCCACGAUGAACUGGAUCAGGAAAGGAAGAAGUUCACAAUGAUAGAGAUCAAAAUGCGCAACGCCGAGCGGGCCAAAGAGGAUGCUGAGAAAAGAAAUGACAUGCUGCAGAAAGAAAUGGAGCAGUUUUUUUCCACAUUCGGGGAGCUGACUGUGGAACCCAGGAGAACGGAGAGAGGAAACACGAUAUGCAUCCAAUGAGCCUGCUUUCUCCCACUGUCUCUGAUGGCUCUGGGAAGGACAGGGGAGGUCGGGUGGGAUCCUGCGGGGGAUCAGGUGGCUGGUCACCUGACUGUACAGAGCACUAAUGGGUGAAGGAGUUAUCAUUUCCAGGCAUUAACCAUCCAUAUUUGCAAUGUGUACCAAAGUUAUACCAUGCCUCAUAAUGCUACUGUCAAGUGUUACAACUGGAUAUGUGUAUAUAGAAUAGUUUUUAAAAGUGAACUAAAAAUGAGAAGUGUAUCUCAAGAAUUAUUUUAUUGCAAGUCUUGUAUUUAAAAUGUUAAUAUGUUGUUGCGAUUUAGCUUGCUUUCAAGCUCCACCCCUUGCACUUAACAUAAGCUAUUUUUGGCAUUGUCUUAUCAUUGCUUAUUUUAUAGAUCACUAUUUUUAUUUCCCCUUUUUUUGCUGAAGAGAUGAAGAUAAGCAGAAAUAUAAAUAUAUAUAUAUAUAAGGCUAUAUGAGUUAUUAAAAUCAAAAGAAUUCUUGGUGGCUGUGCUGUUUGUGCCAAUAGAUCUUACCAUGACCAAAAAGAGAAAUGUAAAUAGUUUUAUAAACUACAGUUGAAUCACCAGGGACCUCGAAGUUGCUCCUUGAACUCUGCUCCUGGCUCCACUUGUUUUGGUUUGUGAGAUGAUUUUACACAGGCACUUGGAGGAGGUCUAAGAACAGUCUCCUUCCCGAGCCCGGUCUGCCUCACCAGCUGUGACAUGCAUCUCCUAAGCAGGAUGUUACAUACAGGGCACAGAGUGAUGGCGUGUUGCAUAUGAACACUCCUUAUUGGUUGGCCUGUUCUGCUGGACCAACUCUCUAACUGCUGAAUGGUCCGUAGGUAAAUUCUUCCUGCCAUACAGACACUGAGAAGCAAUACUUGCUAACUAAACCAUGGCUGUGUAUUCUUCCCUUAACAAACCUCUCCCCUCUGUCCCCAACAACUGCUGAUGGGGAUUCGAGCAGUUACAUGGUGUGACCAAGUUCCUCCUGGUGAAAGUGGUGGAGCGAGUAAAAUUUAAUGACAUUUUUCUUCCACUCAUGAGGGCCACUACCAUCUGGGAUUCUCUGCACUACAACUUGCAGUAAGGAGAUGAUGAUGAUGAUGGAGGGAAUGGGGGGGACCAAGAGGAAGAAGCAAAUUUGAAUAUUUUGUUUUUGGUUUUAACAAUGUCAUGUUUCGUGUUAAGACAUACUCACUCAUGAUGAUUGUAAAACACGGAUGGUGAACAGUCCAACUUUGAUGCUUUGCUGAACAUCCAUGAUGCUGACAGUGAGCAUGAGAGACAUCCAGGAAUCUCUGGAUUUGGAGUUUGGCUAAAACAAUUCCUCACACUUCAGUAAGACAAUGAUAGUUGAGAAGCCAAGUAAUUAAGUCUCACAUCAGAAUGAAAGGUCACAAAAGGUUUAAUCAGAAAUAAAGUCUACUUGAGUUUA